AAGAGUUAUAGAUUAGCAAACAAAAUUUGGUUGGGCCUGACUUUAAUACACAAAAGCCCAAACUCUUAAACCCAACUGUUGUUCUGUUCUUCACCUUCUUCCCAUCUAGGGUUAUUACGUAACUUCUCUGUUCUCUCUCACUCUCUCUGUUCUUCAUCACACCGAGAAUUCGAAAAUUCCGAUGAACAAGAAACUUCUCAACCCUCUUGAAGAUCCACCAACCGCUUCUUCAAGCGAAGACGUCGACGAAGAGAUUUCAUCAGGAGAAGAUGAAAAAGAACAUAUCUCCAAUUCUUCUUCUUCUGAAGAAGAAAACGAACUCAAAGAUCUCUCCACUCAAACCCUAAAUUCUCCUUCCACCGAGGCUCCAACUCUCGAUUCUGGAUCUGAGACAAAUUCCGACUCAGAUAAGCCAAUCGUCUUAACCAGUCAGAAGAAGAAAGAAGGUACUGAUUCAUCAGGGACGAAGCGAGCUAGUGAAGGAACUAGCUCAAAGGACAUCAAAAGAGCUAAGAAAGUUUCAGGAGAUGACGAUAACAAAAAAUUUCAGAGUUUAUGGACUAAAGAAGAUGAGAUCUCUCUGUUACAAGGUAUGAUUGAUUUCAAAGCUGAGACAGGUACAAGUGCUCAUGAUGAUAUGAAUGGGUUUUUUGAUAUUGCUAAGAGAUACAUAAGCUUUGAUGUUAGUAAGAUCCAAUUCGGUGACAAGAUUAGAGGUUUAAAGAAGAAGUAUUUUGGUGUAAGGAAGAAGAAAGGUUUAGACUUGGAUCAUGAUAAGAAAUGUUUGGGAUUGGCUAAGUCUAUUUGGGGACUUGAUGGUAAGGAAGUGGUGGUUCUUGGAGGAGAUUCGGAGACGUCGAAUUGGUUUGAGAAGUCGUUUUUGGUUCGGGUUGUUGCGAGGCUUGGUGUGGAUGAGUGUAUUGUGAAGUGGAAAUGGAGUAAGGUGUCUAAGGAGACUAAGAAGAGGAUUGAAGAGAAGAUGAAGAUGGUGGAGGCUAAGGAACUUGAGUUGUUGUCGCAGAAGAUAGAUGUUUUGAAGGAGGUGGCUUCUGUGAUUGCUGAAACUAUCUAAGAAGAAGGACUUGGAUUGUUUAGGUUUAAUGGAGAUGUAAUGCCUCUUUUGUUAUUUAUCGUAGGAUAUAUGUUUCUCAUCUAUGUUUCUGGUUCUUAUUAGUCUUCUUUUUUUGUUUCUUGUGUGAGAAUUAGCUAAGGAACUUAAGAACUUUGGACUUUGUAAGCCUUUUGGUCGAUGGUUGUAAUGAACUUAAGACUUUGUAAGCUAUGGCUCCGACUGGUAAAAGGUGUUUUCAAGGUUGAAUUGCAGUCGAAGUUAUAAUUUGAUGUAAAUAUUAUGUGGUAUAAACUGCAGUUUGAUAUUGCCC